UGGCAGACCUGCUUCUUCCAAACCUUUUGGCUGGGAACUGUAGCGAUCGUGUGUGCGUUCGCGUUUCCAGGUUAUGGAACUUCUAUGACACUAAUAACGAAACAAAGCUCCUUCACGUUAACAUGGUUCUCAUUGAUGAGGAGGGUAAUAGCAUCCAUGCUCAGGUCUACCCUCCAGCUGAUGAAUUGUUCAGGACCCGUAUCAAGGAAGGAGGUGUCUACACCUUCUCCUACUUUCGGGUCAAAGGCUCCAACAUCUGCUACAAGCCAGUAGAAAAUGACCAGAUGCUUGUGUUCACAAAAUGGACCAAAGUGGAAGAAGUUCUUGCUGUUCCUCCUGCUUUCCCAAUGUAUGCCUACUCAAUUGCCUCACCAGAACAGCUUCAAGCACGUAUUGACACCAGGACGCAGUUCACAGAUGUUAUUGGAGUCAUAACUGCCAUUUCAAGUAUUGGGACAACACAAACAAAGCUAAGGCAGGGCAGCAGCACCAAGAGGACCGUCACUAUACAGACACCAAGCAACAUCCUCUUAGAUGUCGUGCUUUGGUCAGAGCGUGCCACAACUUUCCCAGCGGAUGAAGUCCACAAAGAUGGCCAGACUUCUCCACAGGUAGUGCUGUUCGUUGGUACUCUUGUCAAAAGCUUUGGAGGUAUGUCCCUGUCUGGGAGUUCACCUUGCAAGUGGUACAUCAAUCCUGACAUUCCUGACACAAGGAAGCUUCUGGCUAGCGCGAAGCCAGGGUAUAAGCCAAUUGUUUGGUCCGAGGGCUCAAGUGCUGCUGUCCAAAAAGAACCUGCUUAGGAAAAAAAUCUCUGAGAUUUUGGAUCUCAAUCCAUUUGAGUAUCAGAAAACAGAGUUUAUAGUCACUGUCACCGCAAGGAAGAUCGGCAGCAACUGGUGGUACAAUGCGUGCAAGAAAUGCAUGAAGACAACAAAGCGCCACGGCGAUUCCUACAAGUGCACAGGUCCUAAGCGCAACUACAUUGGGAUACCCAACCAGAGGUUCAAGCUAUCUAUACUAGCUGGUGACAACACAGCUGAUGCCGAGUUCAUUCUGUUUGGGAGGCAAGCUCAACGACUGACAAGGAAAUCAGCUGAUACCCUUGUGGCUGAAAACCCAGCUGACUUCAUUCCAGAUGAACUUACAAAGCUGCUUGAGAAGACGUUCACAUGGAUAGUAAGCUUUACUGAUAGUACAACAGAUUCUGGCACCAUUACACUUCAGGUCAACACAGUGGUCGGAGAAGUCGGUCAAGGAGGCUCUAUCAUUCCAGCGAUGCCAGCAACAUCCCAGACAUCUUCACUCAUGCUGUCAGAAGGUGCCACCACCAGCAUGCAUGGCACUUCUCACCAGGGCGCUUCUCAACAGAGCCAGGCUCUUCCUAUGUCACCAAUUGCUGCCUGCUCUGAUGCUAGCCAUGCCUCCAACGCCUCCCCGGUCAGGCCUGCCUUACCUACCUCUGAUGCACCGCAGACUCCACAAAGUGUGAAGAGCACAGCUAAUAACAAGGACAAGUCUGAAAAUCCUGCUAUGAAGCCUUCUAAGAGUGCUCUGGUACCACAGAAGCCCUUCACUAGGAAAAGGUCCUGUCCAACGAGCAAAGGAAACGUGGCCAAGAAGCUCCUGAUUGAUGAUGAGGCCGAAGAAGACGACGGUGGCAGCAGCGGGGGUGCACCCUCUGCGGAUCAGCAAAGCCCCACCAAGGAGGCAUGAGCAGACAAGCUCAUGCUCAUUUUGUCGCUCCACGUUGCAGUCCACUUUUAGGUGCCUUUCGUCUGCGUCGGCACAUCAUCUUCGUCAGCCUGUGCCUGCAACGUGUGUAGCAUUUUGAUUACGUUUCUCUUCCAAUGACGAUUCAGGUUAGUAUCAAAAGCUACCGGGUAGGCUGCUUGGUAGCUAUUGAUACUGGUUAUGCCAUUUAUGGUGAUCGGAUGUGCUGUAAUUAUGAUGUUCUAUAUGCCGGACAAACACCAAAAAAUCGGUAGGAUGGUUAGGUGAUCAGAUAUGCUGUAAUUUCAGGUUUGAAAAUGCCGGACAAACACCUCGGAUCUUAUCAGUACGGUAGCCAGGGUGGAUGGAUGUGCUGUAAUAUUCAUUAUUUAAGUGCCGAACAGAGACCUAGGCAAGGUGGAUGGAUGUGUUGUAAUG